AUGGUCUUGCAUAUUCCUAAUUUUUUAGUAAAAGGAGUUGUCUUCUCUUGGAUGGGAUAUCUAACAUACCAAUAUUUCUAGUAAGUUCCACUUCAAUAUUAAUUAGGAUAUAUCGAUUGGAUCAAUAAGCCAAAAAGUUAGAUGCCUACAUCAACCUUGAAUGGAGAGAAGGUUGAGAUUCCAGAAGAGCUCUAAUAGGCGAAAUUAUAUUAAGAAAAUCAUUGUAUUUAAUUAAAUUAUACAGAUGGACAGAAGCUUUUAGAGAGAAUGAAAACACAGCAUGUUUUAGAGGAAUAAGUGAAGUAUGCAAUAGCAUAGAAGAAAGAACUGAGACAAAAACUAAUCAAUGAAAGCAACGAGAAAGAAGUCGAGGCAUUAGAAUAAGAAUUGUUACAAUUGAAUUAAUUGUUCUCAAAAAUUUAAUCGAAGAAUGUGCCCAAGGAUUGA